AUGAAGCUACGUAGUGGAGACGAUUAUGGACAGACUGUUGCUCAACGAAAACAAGCCAAGUAUGUGGUUCCCAUAGCCGGUAACGAAGUUGAUGGUGAGCAGCUCGCUGAUGACUGGUGCAGGGAGGUGCAUAACGCUACCACGCUCCUGCUACGUCUCCCACCGGAAAUACGGGUCCUUAUUUACAAGGCUUUCUUUGGUCGAAGGAUGCUGCAUAUCGAUAGGGAGCACAAGAAGGGUCACAGUGACCUAGCUUGUGUACAUAAUCAAACCGGCCCUGUUCGACAACUUUUUUGCUUCUCUCACUUCAGGCAUCCAAGGGAGACGUACGCAGAAUUCACGAAAGCAGAGAAUAACCGCCACCACAAUGAACACACUGUUACUCGAGUAGCUCAUGCGCACGAUAAAUGCCAUGAGAAUCUCCGGCUUCCCAAAUCGAAGCGAGUUAGUGAUGAAAAGCUUAGCUGUGCUCUGCUCCAAACCUGCAGGCAAAUUUAUCUCGAAGCACGACUCAUUCCCUACAAUGCACACGUCUUCUCUUUCCGCUCCUGUCAUGUUCUGAAUACACUUCUCGACCCUGAAAUAGACGCCAAAGCCGGCUUAAAGCCAUUCUACCUGGAACAAAUCCGCGCAAUCCAUCUUGACAUUCCAAUUCACCAUCCCUACGACGCCACCCGUUGGGUGACCUCUCUCAACCUUUUACCGACAAAACUCCCCAAAUUGAGAGACCUCUACAUCGAUAUUCACGAAAUCUACUGCGCCUGCUGGAUAGGAAGCGAUGAAGGUGUCGAGGGCGCGUACAUGAAAGAAAUCACGGCAUUCACCGCCGCUGCAGCAGAGCUGCGUAAAUGUCCGCUCCUCCAAAACGUCUACGUCGUCAUUGACGACGUGGACUUCAUGAAACCGGCCCUUGGUUUCAACUGGUUUGACUACGAUGAUGACGAAAAUGACGAUGCGAGAGAUUUUCGAUCAACUUUGCAACAGAAAAGGGAGGCGGCAGAAUUCUUACGGCGAAAGAUAUUGGGACUGGAACAGUGUACAGUGGAUGAAACCGAAAGCACAGCUAGAAAGGCCAUCGGGACUUUCAGAGUGGUUGGGGCGGCAUGA